AUGGUUAAAUAUAUGAGACAGCAGAUCGAGUUGAAAUCAGACGAGAUCCUUUUGGAGUCGGGUGCGUCCAUGGACCAACAGGAUUUUAGCGAUAUGUCUGGAUAUUCCGACAUUCUAUAUUCCGAAUGUUCCGCAAUGGACCAAAUCGACACUUUUAUGAAAAACGUUCAGGUGUUGCUGGAUGCAGCAAAUUACAUUGAGAACAAUGAAAAGAACAACGGAAAAUGUGAACAUGGAUAUGCCUCAACAUGCCCUGCAACUCAGAACAAGCAUCAUCAGAGACAACGGAAAUUAAAGAAUAAGAAAAUUGACAAUAUUCACAACAGAUCAGCACACAAUGAGCUGGAAAAAAAUAGACGAGCACAUCUCCGCCUGUGUUUGGAGAGGUUGAAGACACUGAUCCCACUGGGACCAGACUGCAGUCGGCACACUACCCUGGGGUUGCUCAACAAGGCCAAGGGGCACAUUAAGAAACUAGAGGAGAUGGACCGGAGGAGUCAGCACCAGCUGGAGAGCCUGGAGCGUGAGCAGAGGCACCUGCAGAGGCAGCUGGUCCACCUGCAGACCCCUGGAGGCGGAGACAGGGACAGAGUUCGUAUGGACAGCGUAGGUUCCCCUUUGGCCUUAGAACACUCGGACCGAGAAGAGAUCGAGGUGGACGUGGAAAGCACCGAGUUCUCCCAUGGAGAGUUGGACAGUAUCAGCACCAGUGGCUGCAGUGACUUGGAUGACCACAGCAGUCGGCAGAGCUUGGCCAGCGACGAGGGCUACUCCACCUGCAGUCUUAAACAGACCUUUUCCUCCUAA